CACACAGACACAAUCCAGCAGCACUUGACUUACGAGUUUCGUAGUCUGGAUGCCUUGCUUUUGUCAAGUUUUGUGACAUUCAAAGCGGUCGAAAGAUUCACGGAGUAAUCAGCAAACUCAUUUUCGAUCGAGUGAGUCGGUCAAGUGCAAGUCCAUCGCAAAGUAAUCCGUAGCGCUUGAAAAGCCUGGAUGGCACCACCACCACCCAGACUAACCAGGCUGCUCAAAGUCCGAGAUGCGGCAAAGGUACUGCACGAGAACUUCUUGAUCAGAGGCUAUCGGCCACUAGGUAUCGGGUAUGUCGACACAAUGCGUAGCUGUACAACUUGGCUUAGCAAUGAGACCGUGAAUGUCUGGACCCACCUCUUGCCAGGGUUGUAUUUCCUUCAUGAGAGCUGGAAGCUGUUCAACAGAGCAGAGGGGUUUGGCAGUGCCAACGGUGCUGCUCACUAUCUCCCGCUGGCCAUGAUGUUGCUAGGCACAGGCGUGGUGCUGGUCACGAGCAGCCUGGCACAUUGCUUCAACUGCAUGUCAGCACGGGCACGGCACACCUGCUUCUUCUGCGACUACGGUGCCAUCGGCUUCUACAGCUUGUGCAGCGGCUUGGCUCACUACUAUCUGUGCGGUAUAAUGCCGUCGGAUGAACCCAAUGCCACCGGCGAGUGGCUCUUGGACACCGGGCUCUUUCAGCCGUGGGUGUUCGUCCCGCUGCUGGUCACCAAUCACUUUCUCAUCUUCAUCGUCAUGUGCCUGACACGUCAUCACUGGCAGCCGAUGCGCUACAUCGUGCGCACACUGGGCUACGUGGUGGCGUUCACCGUCAACAUGUUCCCGUUCUGGGCGCGGCUGUUCCUGAGCACUAGCAACGUGUUCAGCACCACCAGUCUGACAAACCACUUCUGGCAGUACUUCUGGAAUCUACUAGCGGCACUCAGCAACAUGAGCAAGUGCCCGGAACGCUUCUUCCCAGGAUACUUUGACAUUGUGGGCCAUAGUCACCAGUGGAUGCACGUCUUCCUCACCUUCAGCCUCCUGCAGGAGCAUAAAGCCAUUCAGAUUGACAUUGAAACGCGACUGUCAGAGUUUCCGCUGACGCCGACUGUUGGCGCCGUCGUGCUGGUCCCUCUCGUGUUUGCCGCUGUUUCAGUCUUCGUCAUUGUCAGAGCCAGACGCAUGUUGCAGGAGGAUGGUAGUCUGCGGAAGGCACGGAAGUCCUCCUAGUCCUAGUCCUCUUAGCCACCUUACCUCCCAAUAACCAUAGUAAGGCUUCUUGCCCUUGGCGCACAUUUUAAAUAAAUACAUCUAGUUAGUACUAGCGUGUGAGUGGUACACAUGCCAGCAAGAAGCCACAAGUCGCUACCGUUCCGUGACUGCCGUGCACCGGUACGCGGUGACAGAUGGGUCUUGCUACUAGUAGAAGUAAGACCAAUUUCUAGCGGUACCGGUAGAUUACUUUUCUUAUGAAAGAUUCGAGAUAAUUGAUACUAGUAGUUAUAAAAACAUGUCCCAAUUCGUGAACAGUUUCUUCGGAGACAAGAAUGCAAUGAUACUAAGAAUGAUACUGUCCAAAUUCCGUGCUGUUAGCCUGGUCUUUAUUUAUUUGGCUUCAAUAUUGAGUUGAUCAUCCGCUUAUGUUGCCAGUAUUCAUAGGUCUGAAUUUCUUGCCGUGCAAGUAAUUUUGCACGGCGUGUGGGAAA